AUGUCUCCGAUUCUAAUGACGUUAAUGACGAUUGCCUCUGCUCAGAAGGUUUUACACAUCGGAGGGUUUUUCGCGCUGUCAGGCACGAGAUGGAACGGAGGUCAUCGUACGCAGGCACCAAUAUUGUUGGCCAUCGAUCUCAUCAACAACAAUUCGGAAAUACUUCCAAACUACACCAUCAGUCUCAUUUGGAAUGACACAAUGUUGAAGGAAGCUUGUUCGGCCAAGUUAAAAACUGAUAGACAGUACUACAUUCUAGGAUGGUACGAAAUACUCCAAUGUGGUGAUGUGGAGAAGUUAAUUCGUAAGCGUGCGAAAUUGACAGAGGAACCAAUAUACUUUGUCAACAUUGAUGAUAUGAAUGACAUCGUCAAGCGUGCUCACAUUUCAAAUGGACAUGGUGGUCGCCACAAAAUGGUUAUUUUUUGGUCUAGAUAUGCGAACAUUAUGAGGGAAAGCACUGAACUCUUCAAGUCUCUUUGCAUUGAGUGUCAGAAGAAAAGAAAACGUGCUACAACAAAGGGGGUUGUCGUGAGACCGAUAUUAUCAAAGGAUUUUGGAUCGCGAGGGCAAGUGGAUCUAAUUGAUAUGCAAUCCAUGACAAAGGCACCAUACAAGUGGAUCAUAGUCUAUCAAAACCAUUUGACAAAAUGCUGUGUCCUGUGCCCACUAACAUCUGAACGUGCAGCAGAAGUAGCCUUUCGGUUGAUGGACAUAUUUCUGCUCCUCGGUGCCCCUCAGAUUCUACAGAGUGAUAAUGGCAGCGAGUUUACUGCAUCAGUCAUCACAGAACUCAAGGUUCUGUGGCCCGAUCUCCUCAUGGUUCACGGCAAGCCUCGGCACCCUCAUAGUCAAGGAUCCGUUGAAGGGCUGAACUGUGAUGUGAAAGAUAGGUUGAUUGCAUGGCUUGGUGAUAACAACUCAACAGACUGGUCUGUGGGACUGAGAUUUGUUCAAUUCCAGAAAAACUGCAGUUAUCAUUCCGGCAUCAAGCAGACAUCAUACAAGGCCUUAUUCGGUACUGAUGCACGAAUUAGAUUGCGUACCUGUGCCUUAUCAGCUGACAUUCUGGAACGCAUGGCGUCUGAAGAGGAUCUUGGUGAAAUUAUCUUGAAAAGUCAGGACGUUGCACCUGCUCACAUCUCGAUGGUCACCGUGGUUGCACUCCGUCACUGUGGCUUCCAGCUUUUCGAUCAACCAUCGUAUUCCUCGGAUCUAGCACCGUUAGACUUCCACAAAUUUGAUAAUUAG